GUAGCCUAAUAUGGGUCAAAUAUGAUAAACUUGAUACAAAAAAACAUCUAAGAAAUAAUGUUUCAAAUAUGCAUUAACUAGGUGCUAUAAGUUAUCAAUAAACAUUUUAAGCUUAAUAAUAGUUAAUUAACUGCUAACCAUUAGUUAACUACUAAUCAACCCGAUUAGCAUCCUAGUGAUACAAUAUGAGUGUUAUCCCUCUCUCCUCCCUUUCCAGCAAAAAAUGGAUGGGCCUGAUAGCAACCUGCUCGUGGGCCGUGGCAUUGGUCCUCUACUCUACCGUCCAGAAAAUGGAGCCCAAAACGGAGAGUUUAGACUUUAGAGUCUCUUCGCCAGGCUUAACAUUUGAUUUGAGGAACGCUGAAAGGCUGCCACCACCAUCAUCGCCCUCGCCAAGAGAAAAAUCGGCAAGACAGAGAAAUGGCGACAUCGACGCUUCGGAGGCUCUCCUCCCAAAUCCACCGGCUCCCUUCCAUCUCUCCCUUCACCAAAUCCAUCGUCGUCCGCUCUUCCACGACCGCCGUGGCCUCCUCAGCGCCCCGCACCUCCUCCGCCAGAGUCUCCGACAGGAUCGUCAAGCUCUUCGCGAUCGACCCGGAGGGACAGAAGCGCGAGAUCGUGGGGCUAAGCGGGCAGACUCUGCUCAAAGCCCUGACCAACCAUGGCCUGAUCGACCCAGCCUCCCACCGCCUCGAGGAGAUCGACGCCUGCUCCGCCGAGUGCGAGGUCAACAUCGCCCAGGAGUGGCUCCAGAAGCUCCCUCCCAGAUCCUACGACGAGGAGUACGUGCUGGAGAGGAACUCCAGGGCUAGGGUUGCCAACCUCCACUCCAGGUUGGGAUGCCAGGUCGUCAUUACCCCUGAACUCCAAGGCGCUUUGGUUGAGGCUGGGUUAUUAAGACUUCGGGUUAACUUGCAACUUGCAAGGGAGGGAUUAAGGGAAGCUCAACUUUUCAAAUUUCAACUCUGUUGUACUCUGACGAUAAACAUGGAUGAUAAGUAUAGCGAGAGGAACUUAUCUUAGAAGAGAGGAGAGGAGAGGUGGCAGAUGGAUUGUUGGAUCUGUGGAUCGAAUGGUUUGCUUGAUUCAUGGAUUGGAUUAAGUGAAUUGGUGAAUUAUUUAUGAAUCCAAAUACCGUCCUCAAUCUUAGAUCAAUAUGUAAAAUGUGAAAAGUUUAGGUACUGAAAUGUCCUAAUAAAAAAAUUAGGUACCAAAAUGUAAUUUUCAAAUGAUAUUUUUUGUAUAAAAAUUUCAAUUUUAGGUACCAAAAUGUAAAAAAAAAAGUACGGGUACUAAACUGUAAUUUACCAAUGAUUCAUGAAUCCAAUCCAAAAAUUCACCAAUCCAAAUGGAUUGGGUUUAAGGGGUCGUUUGGAAGUUGUGAUUGUUUUGUUGAGAUUGUCAUUAUGCAUGUAUUGUUUACAAUGCAUCGUUUUUUUGUUUUUUUGUUUUUUUAGGAGAAACAAUACAUGGAUUGUUUCUAUGAUGUGACAGAAACUAUCACUCAUUUUGAGUGAUUGUUAUAUCUCAACUUUUAGUUGUGAUUGUUGAGAUAGUUGAGUUGAGAUUGUUUUGUCUCAGUUUUUAGCUGAUGCGACAUACACAAUCACACAUACCAAACGUUGUAUUCUACAAUGCAUCAAAUUCGACAAUACAUGUAUAAUAUUAUACAUGCAUUCUCAACAAUACAUCUAUUUAACAAUCGCAACUUCCAAACGACCCCUAAAUGUAUUGGAUUAGUCGACUGGAUUGGUGGAUUGGAAUGAGAAUUGUCACCUCUAAUAGACGUGUGCAAAUGUCGAACCCCGUCGCAUUUACACAAAUUGUCUUAUAUUGCAUACUAAUUAGACCGCAACACAUCUUUGAUCGCAAUCUAAUCGAUGCGGCCAAACCAAAUUGUAUAAAUAGCUAAAGUCGCACUGCAUUUUAGGUUGCAUUCUAAUAUAGGCCAUUUUAUGUA